AUGAAUGAAAAAUGGAAGAAUGACCUAUCGACAAUGGCGUUUGGCAUAAAGGAUUUCAAGGACGAAGAUAUUGAAAAGUUCAAAGACUCGGACGGGUUUGCGAUGAUCGAUGAGGAGUCUGUUAGAAUGUUCAAAAAGCGUAAUGACAUCGCAUUAGCUUUUGAAAGGAUGAGAAUCUAUGAUACGUGUCUAAUGCAGGACGAAACUGUGAAUUUACAGGAAACAUUUGAGCAGAAAAGGGAGACUAACUUAGUCCAGGGAACGCAAAACAAAAAAGAAAAAAGAGAAUUUAGCGGUGUAAGUUCAGGGACCCGCGAUGAGAAUUAUAGAAAAUUUGACCAAUAUGAUUUUGAGCACAGAAUGUUCCCAUUCAUAAGGCAGUUUAAUCAUGAUAACUUCAGUCAAAUUAUUCCGAAAUUCACUUCCCCAUUCAACAAAGUCCUGAAACAGGGUGAUAUACCAAUCUUCGACCCAAAAUCUCCUAUGGUGAACAAGGUCAUUAACUAUGUUUAUGAUCCAACAAAAUCUUUCUGGAAAAAUUGGAACUUGAUGAGUGCACCUGGCUCUCGUGGUAUUGUGUUGUCUUUUGCGGAUUCACAUUUAGCUAUGGCCUUGAAACUCAUUGCUACUCUUAGAUUCCAAGGAAAUAAAUUGCCAAUUCAGGUCAUAUACAAGAAAGGCGAUCUUUCAGAGGAUACGAUAGAAAAAAUAUCAUAUGCUGCAAGAAGUCCCAAUGUUACUCUUCCAGAAACUAAAUAUGGAAACCCAGCGAACGAGCCUCAGGAAAUAUGGUUCCUCGAUGUAACAAAUACGCUUGCUGAUAAUAUGAUAAGUGAAUUUAGUCACUGGAAGGGAAAGUGGCUGGCUGUUUUGUUCAACUUAUUUGAUGAAUUCGUGUUUUUGGAUAUAGACGCAAUCAAUUACAUCGAUUUGAAUGAUUAUUUUGAGAGUCCUGAAUACAAACGGACGGGAACCGUAUAUUUCCGUGACCGUGUCCUAUCAGCACCCGUAUCGAACCAAUGUACUGCUAUUUUCGAGAGUUUGCCCCCAAAACUACUAGAAAUGAAAUAUUUCUCGAACCGUCCCUUUAUUCAUUCAGAGUAUUUGGAUGAAGAUUGCGAAAAGGAUUUAACUACAGAAGAAAAGAUAUACAAAAGGUUUUUCAUGGACAAUUUCCAGCAUCAGAUGGAAUCCGGGCUGUUCGCUAUCUCAAAAUCUAAACACCAUAUUCCACUAGUCAUCUCUAUGACGUUACAUCUUGCUAAGAAAGUUGGUAGCUGUGGGUGGGGUGACAAAGAAUAUUUUUGGCUUGGUUUUGUAGUGGCUGGUCGUCCAUUUUCGUUUAACGAAGUCCCAGCAGCUUCUGUUGGUACUUAUCAGGAGAAGAAGGACCUGGAUUUGAACCGUAAGGAAGAGGCAGGUGAAGUUUGCAGUAUACAAGUCUCACAUAUAUCUGUCGAUGGCAAACUUUUGUGGUUAAAUGGAGGUUCGAAUAAUUGUAAAGCGCCAGGAGCAGCCGAGAAGGAUUGGAAUGAUGAAAAACUAAAAUCGUUCACAGGUACAUUCGAUAGUCUGGAAGCGUUGAAAGAAUAUUAUGAAGUAACACCAAUUGAUACAAGUCGGGCUGUGAUACCCCACGAAAGCUCAGGUGUUUGGUACCGGAGAGAUCUCCACUGUAACGGAUAUGCCUGGUGUGCCAAAUAUCAAUCAAUAUUGAAAGAAUAUAGCUUUGAUCGGAAGAAGUUCCGAGGUAAAAUUGUUGAAUUUGAUCCAAAGGAUGUAAUAUUUACAACCGCAAUGAAUUAUGUUUGGUCUCAUUAUGACGAUUCUGAUGCAAAGAAAUUCACCGCAGAAGAAAAGGCAAGUUUGGACCCUCUUGCCGGCAGCAUUGCCUAA